AUGACGGGCAAUUCUAAUGAUAAGGUGAACCCGGACUUUUGUCGAGUUUGCCGAUGUGAGGGGACUGCUUCGAAACCUCUAUUUCAUCCUUGUUUGUGCACUGGGAGUAUUAAAUAUAUUCAUCAAGAUUGCCUCAUUCGUUGGCUUGAGUAUAGCAAAAGAAAUACUUGUGAAUUAUGUAAUCAUCGGUUUGCUUUCACUCGAAUUUAUGCAUCUGACACUCCACGAUUUCUGCCGCUCACCGUGUUGGCUGUGGGACUGGCCAACAGCUUGCGUCGAUUUGUACUAAACUGGAUUCACUUGUCGAUUGUCUUCACUGCAUGGUUGGUUGUAGUUCCUUUAUCUGCCUGUCGCAUGUACCGUUGUCUUUUUACUGGUAGCGUUUUCUCACUCCUCACACUUCCAUUAGACAUGGUUUCCACAAAACACUUGUUACAAGAUUGUGUUCAGGGUUUCAUUAUUGUAAUCUUUGCAUUGGCCGCAUUUUUGGGUUAUGUUUCAUUGCGAGAACAACUUCUCCAAGGAACACCAGCAUGGUUGGAACGUGAUGCUCAUGCAGAAGCUCGUGGUGCUGAUCCUCCCCAUCCUCCUCGUCCUGCCGCUGGGGUCAAUGGUAGGCGACCUCUAUUUCCGGAUAUUUUCAAUAUUUUUGGUGUUGCAAAUGGUGGUGGUUUAGGUGCUGCAGUUUUCGGUGAAGGCAACGAAGAUCCUGUUGAACCUGAAAUAUUUAACAAUGAUGAACAGCAUCAUCAGACUGUUCAACAAGAAUUAGUGAAUUCUGAACAUAUCACGUGUUCCUCUCUAAAUCAACAACAACCGGUGAUUAACAGUGGUAUCUCAGAACCGUUAGAGCCUUCACAUGAAUCGGCAGAUACUGUAAAUCGUGGAUCAUCAUCUAAUCCACAACAAUUGGCUUGGUAUAUGGAAAAUACAGGAGUUAAUUUGGAGGGGGAUAUUCCUGACGAAGAUGGUAGAGCCAAUAACGAUCCAGCAGAUGCAGAUGGUGCACCAGAAGCUAUGAAUUGGAAACAUUUAUUGGGUCUAGAUGGAUCUUUAAAUUUUCUGGAACACGUUUUGUGGCUUAUUGCUUUAAAUACUUUGUUUAUUGUCAUAUUUGGUAAGUUUCGUGGUGUAGUAAAACAUUGGAUAUUUGGUAUUAUGCAUUUAAAAGUGGUUAUCUUACUUACUCUUCUUGGACCGCCAUGGUGGUUACGAAAUCGUUUAGAAUUGUUUCAUGAUGAAAUGACACAUCAUCGACAAGAUGCUCGUUGUAUGCGUUUACUUUGGGCAAUCGCACCAUUGCUUGUAACUAUUGGAUUAUCGUUAAGUGUACCAUAUUUAUUGGCUUAUUAUAUUAGUCCAUUAAUCGCAUUAGAUAGCGAAGUUGCAUUUCGAUACAUAUAUCCAUUUCUUUUCGCCAUGUUUAUCUGUUCAGUGUUAUUGAUUUCGUGUAUCGACCAAAUUCGACGUCUUUAUUUGCAUAUUAAAGAUGAAAAAUAUUUAGUUGGAAAACAACUGCUAAAUUUCCGACCAUCACCAAGUCAAUCAUUAGUUCCAGCAUCAUCAUCAUGA